CGUUGAGAUGUUAUGCAACUUCAUUAAUAGUAUAUAACUUUUUCAUCGAUAUUUGUUACUUGAAAAACUGAAUUAUUAUUGUAACGUUUUAAAUGCAAUUUGCAAACAAUAGUGAUAACAUAAACGGAAGACUAAUAGUGUUUUUGUAGACUUUGUUUGUAGUUCCGGUUCAAACCAGUAUGCGAAGAGAUGUCGUACGUGUUCAUGAACAGUUACUUGUUAUGUUUAGUCGUUGUGUUGUGAAAGAAUCGAUGACCGUUGUAUUGCCGUGAAUCGUUCUUGGUGUUCUCAGUAUUCCGGCUGCUUUGAAUUAUGCAGUUUUAUAAGGAAAGGCUCCUGUCGCCCGGACAACUGAAACGCCUGAGCGAGCACAAAUACAGCUGUACCACUAACAGUCUCUUGGAUGGACUUCUUCAACCCUGGUGGGACUGGCUAGUCAGCAAGGUUCCACUUUGGCUUGCGCCCAAUUUAAUCACAAUUCUGGGACUUAUCGUCAACAUCCUAACUACUUUGAUUCUGGUUUAUUACAGUCCUGAUGCUAAAACAGAGGCUCCUAGGUGGGCAUGUUUUUUGUGCGCGCUUGGCUUGUUCAUUUAUCAGAGUUUGGAUGCUAUAGAUGGCAAGCAAGCUAGAAGGACUGGAACUUCAACACCAUUGGGUGAACUUUUUGAUCAUGGAUGUGAUUCUAUAUCCACUGUAUUUGUUGCUCUGUCAGCGUGUAUAGCAGUACAAUUAGGAUAUUAUCCAACAUGGAUGUUUUUCCAAUGCUUUUGUGCUAUGACACUUUUUUAUUGUGCUCAUUGGCAGACUUAUGUUUCAGGAUCACUAAGGUUUGGCAAGGUAGAUGUCACAGAAGCGCAGUUUACAAUUAUAACUAUUCAUCUCAUUUCUGCGAUCUUUGGACCUAAAGUGUGGAUGAUGGAGAUACCAGGGCUUGGUGUAGGCACAGUGAGUAACUACGUAGCAGUGAUAUUUUAUGCUGGCUACAUUCAUGUAUUCCUUGAAUUCUGUAAAGUGUUUGAAUCUGGUGGGAUUGGAAAGAACGGUUCCACAAUUGCAUUGCCAUACACUGGCACAGAGGUCAAGGUGUUUCCAUUAUGGGCUGCUGUGGGCAUCGCUAUUUUACUUGCACAGAGCAGCAUAUCCGUCAUUCUAGCCGGUGGUGUCGGAAAAAAUGGCUCCACCGUUGCAGGAACAUCAGUUCUAUCUCCAAUUAUUCCAUUUAGUUUUGUGGUAGUACCAGCUUUUAUAAUUUAUAGAAAAAGUGCUGAGCACGUAUAUGAAAAUCACCCUGCAUUGUAUAUACUUGCAUUUGGAAUGGUUGCAGCUAAAGUUACCAAUCGUUUAGUGGUUGCACAUAUGACUAAAAAUGAAAUGCAAUAUUUAGACAGUUCACUGAUCGGACCAGCCAUGCUGUUCUUAAAUCAGUAUUUCAAUUUCUUUAUCAAAGAAUAUUAUGUUCUUUGGUUGUGCUUUAUUUGGGUUACCCUGGAUUUACUCCGGUAUAGUUCUCAAAUUUGCCUUGAGAUCUGCGAUCAUAUGAAGAUUAAACUAUUUAGGAUACCGUUAGGAGAUCAUCGAACGAGCCAGGUUUCUAGUGCAGCAGAAAAAAAUGUUCGCAUGAUGGUGGAACAAGAGCCUCUGUUAGACGGUGAAUAUCAUCACGGAUCUGAUACUACCCUCGACCUAUGACUGUUGCAAAAAUAUUCGUCGGCGUAAAGAUGAUUGUUUAAAUGUGUAGGGUGGCACAAACAUCUCUACCGAAAAGUUAAUAUCAUGUUUAGAAUAUUAUAUAGAGGAACGAUAAAUUACACGUUUUGUCAUAACACGUUCCUUAGUAAAUGGUACAGACUUUUUACAUAAGAAAAGAGAAGGAAAAGAUUAGUAGUAAAUAUCAAAUAUACAGAACAAAAAAAAUGUUAGUUAUACUGUGAAUGGUGGGUGAAAAUUUUAGAUACAUUUAUAAUAGCGUUAGAGAUGAGACUGUUCAGUUCAAAGGGUUUGAAGUGAGCAAGAUAACAAUGUUUUUCCUUAUACAGUAAAGUAACGGUAACGGUGAAGUACAAUUUUAUUACCGGCGACUGAUUAUGAAGUAGAUCUUGUACAGCUAAAAUUAUUGCAACUCGUGAAAUAAGACUUUGUUACUGUUACUGUUAAUACAAUUUUACAAAACAGUAGAAGGAAGGAAUUAGAAAUGUCGGAUUUUUAAUCUUGCAAAAAAGUAGACCUGUACAAAAACGAAGUAUGUUUCUUGAAUCAAAAUUCUUUCUUGUAAUUAGAUGCAAACCGUAGCGUAACAAAACACGUAUUGUUUCUGUCAGUUAUUGUUAAAGAAUGGUUCCCAUUUUUCGGGGCAACGUAUGGUACUAACUUGAAAAGAAUUCAUUCCGAAGUAUAUAUACUUAAUAACGAAAGUAAAACGAAGGUGAUAAUUUUGUAUUAAUAUUUAUUGUAAGACUUGUAAGGAUACAGUGAUAAUAUUUUAUUCGAACGCUUAUAUUUAAUCUACGAACAAAUUUAUAUUAAUUUAAUGAGUAAGAUACUAAAUUCUAAUUCGAAUCGUUGUUCUAAGAGAUAAUAUCAUUAAUAUGCAAAGAUAUGAUAAUGAUAAUUUUUCUUCUAUCGUUCUUAUAUUCAGCCGAGGUUCAGAGAAGAAAAGAACGAAAGAUAUAAGAAGUUCGAUUAAAUAAUAUUAUAGAUUAUAACAGUUGUAAUAGCAAAUGA